AUGACCAAUAUCAAAUACCGCCAUCUCUCGCGCGAUUCCGCGCAUCGACGAGCACUUCUCCGUAACCUUGCCACAUCUCUCAUCGAGCAUGAAUCCAUAACAACCACCUGGCAUAAAGCCAAAGAAGCGCAGAGAUGGGUUGAGAAACUUAUCACUCUGGGAAAAAAGAACACGAAUGCAUCGAAGUCGAAAGCACAAGGCAUGAUCUUUGAUGACCAUAAGCAUCUGCCAAAAGUCUUUGGUGAGCUGGCAAAGAGAUACGCUUCUCGUACUGGAGGCUAUACACGAGUGCUACGAACUGAAUCCGACCAGAACGAUGCAGCGCAAUCAGCCAUUUUAUCACUUAUUGACGGACCACGUGACAUGCGAUUUGCAAUGACAGCAAAGGCUCUUGCGAGACACCAGACAGAAGGAUCUCCAAUGACCGAAUUAACGGCACUGAACAUGCACAAGGUCACCCGGUUUCGUGAGGAUGGCGAGGCCGAGCUGGAGGCAGAGGUGAAGAGGUUGACACUCUCCGAAGCAGCCGAGCAGCAGAGGUUAGAAGACGAAUAUAAGGAGGAUGGUACUCAAUACGAGUGGACUAGAGGACCCGGCCGGAGAGCUGGGCCCGGACGGGUGGUCAAGCGGGUGGUUGAGUCUGGUUCACCUGGCACCGACCCCAGAGACUUUGUGAGAAAGUUUGGAGGCAGAAAAGCGAGAAGUCCAAGGCCGUGA